AUGCUCCUUAGAUCUGCACUAUCAUUAAACCUUCAGACACUGGAGAAGUUAGGAAAAUUAAUUUCCAAAGAGGAGGAGGAAGGCCACGAGAAAUGGCAAAGCAACUACUCGGGGCCGGGCACCGGGCAGGUCGGGGCGCCCGCUGCUCCGGGUCAGCCGCUCCCCUCCCCCCGCCGUAACCUGACCCGCCGCUCCCGCUCCCGCCCCCCGCCCGAGGCUCCUGGGACCCGGCCAGAGCCCGGGGAGCACCGGCUCCCCCGCACCCUUUUCGGUCCCGGCGGCCACCAGCCCCGCGGACCCCGCGGUCUCCCUCGAGCUCGCCGCUCCUCCCCGGCGCCCCGACCCCCGGUUCCCGGUCAGCUCGGCCAGGGCAGCCCUUCCCCGUUUACCCUCCCGGCCCGGCCGAGCCCGACGCGCCUGCCGGCCCCGCCUCCAGGUCCCGGGCGCGCUGGGGGCCCUCGGAGCCGCUCCCCUCGGAGCCGCUCCUCUCUGCGCCCGGGCCGCGAAUCCGCCGUCCCCGAGGGCCCGGGGCUCGACGCCGCCGGAGCCCCUCGGUCCCCGGACCCCGCCCGCCGCCCCUCGAUACUUACGGGCUGCUUCCACCACAGAGCCGGCCGCGGGGCGGGGGAGAAGGGGCGGCAGGGCGGGGGCUCGGGAGGAUCGGCAGCGGCCAGCAGGCUGAAUGCAAGACGGCGUCGCCGGGCGGAGGACGGGGGCCUCGGCGCGGGCCUCGGGAACUCGCCCCCUGGGGCUCGGGGUGACGGGGACAGGUCAGGCGAGCGCGCUCACUUCUCCACACAGCCCGGUGCCCGGCCCAGCAUCCCCGUAGUACGACCACUGCGCGCCGGGCCAGAGCUUCGCUCCUUCUGCCGCGGCGCGCGCCCCGCCUCUCGUUUUAUAGUCUCCUCCCCGCCCCCAUCCCCUCCCGUAGGGGUGCGCGCGCGCCCGCCUCGCGUCACACAGCUCGGGGCCGCGUAA